GAAUUAACGCCAAUUAUACGUGAACCUUAUAGUAGUAAUUGGACUAGAGAUGUAAAUGAAGAAAAUGCCUACUUACGGGGAAGAAUCGACGAAUUAAAUCAGCAACUCGAUAAUGCAAAUGGCGAGUUGCAUGACUUACGGCUAGACGUUGGCCAAUUACAAUCGUAUAACAAUAUACUUAGUCAGGAAAACAACGGCUUGCAUCACCGACAUUCAUCUGACCUUCAAAAUAUCAAAUUUGAAGAGGAUCAACGACCAACAAAGCGUAGGAAAGGAAAAAAUCUUGUGCGCGAUUCUAAAGAUGAAAUGGAAGUAGAUGAAAAAGAAGCUAGGGCCGAGAUGAAGACGAUUCUAAAAACUUUUCCGAUUGAACUAGAAUUAAAAUACGAUGAAAAGUUUACCAAGUAUUCUGAAUCAGAUGAGGAGCAACCAGAUGGUAAAAGACAUAUCAAUGUUUAUAAUCCGCCUUGGAGAUCUGAAGAGAUAUAUAAUAUCGUCUCUCGUCAUCCACGAGGUGCUCCAAAUUGGACCUAUAUGGAGCAGAAUACGCCGGCCGAUACCAACUUUUCUGAGCCGGAGAUGCUGAUUCAAACGAUGGAGAAUCUAAUAAUGGCGGAAGAUGCGGAAGUGUCAGCGGAGAUGGAUGAAAUAGUGGUAAUAGAAGAUUCAGAACCAACGGAAAUGGAAGAAUCAGAACCAACGGAAAUGGAAGAAUCGGAACCAACGGGAGUGGAAGAAUCGGAACUAAUGGGAGUGGAAGAAUUGCCAGAAAUGGAAGAUAAAACAGACAAAUGGUAUAAAUUUGUACUUUAAUUUUUGUUUAAGUUUUUAUUAUACUAACUUUUUUUCAAAUUUUAGAUUGUGAAUUCGUCGGUUUUUUUUGGAUUUUUUUUUGAAAAUUAUGGGAUUUUUUGUGGAAUUGUGGAUUGAAUUUUUUUAUUUUCGUAGGAAAUUUUUAUUAAUUUAGUAUUAUUUCGUAUUAUUUUCGUAUUGUUUACGUAUUAUUUACGUAUUAUUU